UUUGAGCGCUAGGACGCGUCCAAAAAGGGGGUCUUGCUGGGCGGCGAGGGAGGAGGGGGUGCGAGUGCUUCUAACACAUCUGUAAGCGGAGCCCACGUUCAUUAAUUAAAUGGCUUUAGUCCGGCUAGGCCUCAAUUUGCGCUGUUGAGCAGCAGGCGGCGGGCAGUGCAACACUAGAUGCCCGACUGGCAGCCUAUAAUCAGAGGGGAGGAGUCUGGAGAGGCGGUGUGCAGUGAAAGGAAUGGGGUGGCAGAGUGGUUGUGCCCCCUGUGCCAAAAAGGGCAAUCAGACAGAUCUUCCCUAUCUCUACAUCUCACCCAACAACACAGCGUGCUUUCAUCGUGUGUCGACAGGUUGCUGGAUAUUGCUGUUCUAAAACGGGCUGCCCGUGUAGAAGAGGACAAAGGCGCUCACAAGUCCUCAGAUGCAGAGUCUUCACAACUGAAGCCCACUGAAGACGUCACUUCAGACCCCUGCAAAUCUAGCGAGAGUUCAGACGCUACCCAGACGCUUGGAGACAAAGAGAUGGAGGAAGAGAGAAUAAUGGAACAGGAGGGAGGUGAAGCUGAAGCAGAGCCAGAAGAGGAGGGAAAUCCACUUACAGGAGCCAAACAGCAAAAUGCAACUGAAAACACAGAAAUCCCAGACGCUAGUGAAAAGUCAGUUGGUAAAAAUGGUGUGCCAGCUGAAAAUAACACCCGUUCAUUCAAAUGUAAUGCCUGCUUGGAAAGUUUUCCCAGCAGAACUGCCUUGAGUGUUCAUUAUAACUCUGCAUCCCACAUUCAGAGAAUGACAACAGGCUCUGGAAAACAAGGUGCAGAAAGUAGUCCCCAAACUCCUUCGGUUCCAAUCCUAUCUCGGCCAUAUAUAUCAAACAAGCCCUACCAGUGUUCUGUAUGUCGAGUCUCCUACAAUCAUGCCAUCACCCUUGAGAGCCAUAUGAAAUCUGUCUUGCACCAGACCCGCAGCAGAAAUGCUGGAAUUGCUGCACAUGCUGCAAACAGCGCAGUGGCUGCUGCUGGUUCGAGAGGCAGCGCUGCCAACCCAGUAGUUACCACGUCGGAAAGUGGAAGCAGUCAGUCAGCUACCUCCACCAACUGUGCUGCUCCUGGGACGUUGAUGGUGACUGCUGCGAAAGAAGGCGAGCAGAUUCCAACUUCACAAGUGGCUCCCUCCCUCCUCACUUCCCCUGUGGCCUCAGCUCAGGCGGUCUCGGCCUUUCUCACCCUCCUCACUUCCAGUCCUAACACACUGUCACACUCCCUCCUCCCCUCCCUGUUUGCAGCUAGUGCUGCUCCUGGUGCCGCUGCACCUCAGCUUGUGCCUCAGCCUCAAAUGGUCAUGCCCUUGAUCUUAAAUGGGCUCCAAGCCCAAACCCAGCAGCACCAAGAGAACCAGCAAGGCCAGCUCCUUACCCAGUGCGUGCCACUAGUAGGUCUCAGCACAGCCCAGCAAGCCCUUCUAACCCAAAGACUUAACAGCUUACAGAACCAGUGGCCCUCUGCAGGAGUUCCAACAAACAUACAGCCCUGUGGGGAAGAGCAAAAACAGACUUUAAAGAGUGAGAGAGAACAAAAGAGUGAGGCUAGGAAUGAGACUGUUGAAGAAAAGAUCUCUGAUCAGGUCAAAGAUGAGCAUAACCGUACUGCCCAGAAACCUAAGGAAGAGAACAGUAAAGACAUUGCACAGUGUUCUGAUAUAGAAAGUAACGUAAAGGUUGAGAAUAAUGAAAACAAUGGGAAGGCACAUGAAGAUGGCACAACAGAUGGAGACUGCUCAACAAAUCAGUUGGACCUGGAAGGUGAUAAAGUAGCUAGCCUGAAUCUCUCCCCAGCGGGCACAGAGAAGAGCCUCCGCAAUAACAACCUCUCCCCUUCUGCAUCUGUGCCCAGCAACUCGAGCCUCAGUCCUGUAAAUUUAAACCUUACCCUUAGUCCUGAUUCUACUCCUCAAAAAUCCCAAUCAGGCACAAGCCCAUGUGGCUCUCUUGGCACCCCAAAAUCCAGCUCAAGUACCAAUGCCUUAACUAACAGCCAAAAUCGUCUUCAUUGUAAUACAGUGGAUUCCAUUUAUCCAGACCUUCCAGUGCUUUCAGAGUUCCAGUCAGAGGUUCUCUGGGCCUUCUUUGAGUCACGUAGUGAGGCUGAUGCUGCAAGUCCUCCCCAUGAGGACUGUGAAGCUCUGGGCCGAGAGGUGGGUCUUUCUGAAGAAGAGGUUCGAAGGUGGCUGACCCAAGCUCGACACACAAAACAAAGACAGAGGGCAACAGAGUUGGAACAGCUGGGCGGUGUUCCAAGAAAUUGUCAGAGUUCUGAUAAUGACUAUGAUGACGAGGAAAACUCACUCAUAAUAGCAGAAGGUGAGGAUGAUGCUGAACCAUUUAGUAAUCAGGCCAUGGAUUUGUCUAGUACAAGAGGGAAACGCAAACACAGAGAGUUGGGAAGGGAGGGUCAGGGAGAUUCCUGUCUCACAUCUGAUUCAGAGAAUGAGGUCUACACUUCUGUCAUUGUUUCAGAUGAGGAAAGUCAGAAUGGGUCUUUAAGAGAUGAUCCUGAAAGCCCUGCUAAAGACGAAGCACAGCGGGAGGUCCACGGUGAUAAGGGUUCAGUUGGAGGAAAGGUAUUGCGCUCCACGACUGUGUUUCUUUCCGAUGCAGAGGAUGAAUACGAAGAUGAGGAUGGCGGAGGUAGUCAAGGGGCCAAGAGAAAAAAACAGAGAGAGAAGUUUGAACAUGAGCUGGAGGUAAAAAAGGAAAGACAAGACCCAGAUGUAGAUCUAGAGUUGGAGGCCCAAGGUGAUCCUCCAAGCUCACAGUCAAAUGCAGCAGAUCCCUCUGAAAUCCCAACUGGUGCUCUCCACUCGCUUCCCUUGUCAUUCACUCCCUUUUCUACUCCGUUUCUUAGCCCCUAUGUUCUCUCCCUUACUCCUUCGGUGGUUGGGGAUGGAAGCAAAGUCCCCAUCUUUCCCAACCCACCAACCAUCACACGCUUCUCCAACUCUCUUCUCUCACAAUCUCUCUUCUCACAAAACCAAACCUCCCGCUACCUGUCCAAUGGUGACGACUGUGAGUCAGCUCUUGAUCUCAGCAUGGGCAAAAACAGCUCAAAGUCUGCUCUGUCCUCAUCUCUGGCUGAUACAAUUGCAGCACAGAAGGGACAGUUGCUGGACGGACUUGGCCUGAGGCCCACAUCCAAAGGUCUGGUAGUCGUCCAGGUUAAGCCGGAAUCUGUUACUGCCAUGCCCUCUUCUAACAAUGUUACAAACAUGGUCAACUGCAGUAAUGUGACCAAGUCUAACAUUUACAUGAGGCCUGGAGAAAAAAUGAAUACCACACUAUUGGAAAGGGACCGAGAAAAGGAGAGGGAGCAGGAACAGGAGCAGAGGAAGUCCAAAGGAAAAAGGUACCGGGAUAUGCGGCGUUCAAGGACCAUCAUACAAGCAGAACAACUCGAUAUUCUGUAUGGCUGCUAUUUCAAAGACCCAAAUCCUGGGAAACAUGAGUUUGAACAGAUCUCAGAGUGGGUUCACCUUCCAAAGAAGGUGGUUCAGAUUUGGUUCCAGAACAUGAGGGCGAGGGAAAGAAAAGGCGAGGUCAGAUUCAUAGGCGACGGGACCUUGGCAGCAGUUGGCAAACCUCUCAUCAAAUUUACUUGGCCUCUUUCCAAACCCAUAUUCACUAACAAGCCUGCUACAAACAAUACCGGGGGAAUUACAACUACUCCGAUUGUUCGCACCCUCAUCAAGACAGAGAGAGAGCCAGUAAAUGAACUGGCCAAACCAGCGCCAGUUGUGAUGAAGAAAAUAUCCCCUGUUCCUAUAAAGCCGAAGGAGUCAGUUUCUUCCACCACAGCAUCUCCUGUGAGCAGCAGUGCUUCUGCAGUGCCAAAGACCACGCUCGAAACCACCAGCAACAUCACCAUGGUUAAAGUUGCACCCAAAGCAAAUACCCCUGUCCUCUUGGUGCCACCCAAGGAUUUGAUUCCAAUUGCUCCACGACCAGCCCAGAAACGAAAGCUAGAAGACGAGAGCGAGGAAGAAAAGACCGAUGAGGAGCGGGAUAACGAAAGUGAGAUCGGUCCUGGACCAGGAACCACUAACCGCAUGGUGCCGAAGCUCCCCACAACUCCCAUCAACAACAGGCCUUCCGCCACAGCAGUGGUGCCACAAAAACAGAAUGGGCUGAACUACUGGACUUCCAAAGUCCCCAUUAAGAUCAACACUCUAUCAAGAGAACAACUGGCUCUUCCUACGCAUACAGCUCCUCGUACCAUCCCCCCUCCUCCCACCCCCAGCAUUGCACCAGUCAGCCCUAACACCCCUAGUUCUGCCAAAGUGGCCAGCCCCUCCACCCCAUGUGUAGCUAAAUCAAGCCCAACAGAAAGCAGCUUUCUGCCCCACUCAUCCAGCCGUAGACCACGCACUCAUUUGUCCUGCCUACAACUGUCCAUUCUGCAGUCAUGUUACGAGACCUGUGCCCAUCCCAACGCCAUGGAGUGCGAGGCAAUUGGCACUGAGCUCAACCUGCCGCUCAAGGUGGUGCAGAUUUGGUUCCAAAACACAAGAGCGAAGGAGAAGCGCUGGAGGCUGCAGCAGGAGAAAAUGUCUCCUCUUUCAGGCGCGAAGGUAGACAUGAGCUCAGGAAGCUACCUGCAGUACAGCGCUCUCAAGGCCAAUCGACCCAUCCUGCCCAAGCCUGUUCAGCUAACGGUUACCGAACCUCCAGCUUCCCCAGUGCCCGGUCAGCCGGUGCCAAAGGAGACCCUGACGGGGCGCUGCGACGCUUGCAACGUCUCCUUUGAAUCCCGGGCUGCAGCAAGGGCCCACGUCUUCUCUCCGCGUCACCUGGCAACCCUGAGAACCACUAACUUUGGCCAGCCGACGGCGCUCGUCAACAAGAGCGGAACCGGCAGUGCUGCUCUUUCCACUACUGUAACCAGCUCUGGCGGUGGUUCUGAAGGGGAGAUAAUAAUCGAGUUGCCUCCAGCGAUGGCCACCAGCAACAGUUAAAGACUCAGAUCAGGAUUGGUCUGCACACUGACUAUUGUUGGACCCAUUUGGGCUCCUCAGAUUUUAAUAAACAGAUUUGAGCACUAAUCCUCAAAAACUAAUAUUCUUUAGUUUUUGAUGUCGGCUCCCCCCUUGCACCCGCUAUCCUUUGCUCAACCUUCACUGACUUGAUAUCCGUUAUCUGUAGAGCUCACCUGGUAUCAAAUACAACAGCAGACUCUUUCCAUGCUGCUUGUCACUUAAUCAGUUGCUGUCUGAUAAGUGAUAACACCCCCACCUUCCUCAGAGUUCCCUUAAUCCUCAUUUUAUCCAGACAUUUUUGGUCCUAACCCUGUGGUUGGUUAUGUAUUACCUUACUUCUAUGACCUUCCUAUAAUUUGUAAAGGCACUCAGCUUGCCACGCUUGAGCUGUUGUACCCUAAAAACUGAUGCAAGUGUUUCCUUUUUCUUUUUUCUUUCUUUUUUUGGCAGAGGCCAUGGGGGGAUUUUUGGGAAACACUUUUUGGGAUAACAUGGAAAUGCUGACAUGUAUAACUCCCACUUUGCUCCUGUGGAAUUGUUUUUCUCACGCCUACUUUCACUUUUAGGGCAAAGAUUGCUUGGAUAUAAUACGACUGGACUAAAUCAUUGGGAGAGAAAGAACUGGUCUUAACCGCCACCCUUUUUAAUUGUCACAGAAGGGUGAAAUGAAGAGUGUUGUCUACUCACUACUUUGGGAUAUAAAAGGAGGUACUUCGGAGAGAAUAGGGCUGUUGAAUUGUCCCCAUAUUCAUGUUCAUAGUUUCACGACAAUCCAAAUAGAGGCUGAGGGAAGUAGAAUCUUUGGCAUACCGCACUUUGACACAUUUUACAUUGUUUUGAAAUGUUUUUAAGCAUUCGAAUGCAGGUGUCUUUUAUGGAAGGAUACGCUGAUGCAUGUUGGAUGCCUUAAUAUAAAGUGAAAUAAAUAUUUUUUUUUUUUUUUCCUAAUCAAAUGAAACAUGCUUUAGGUGUGAGUAUAAUAAUUGUGCAAAAAGCAGACCUGGGCGUAUUGAAGAAGAGCUUUAUUCCAAAAUGCUUUUACAUAAAGUUUUGUUUUUGGGAGAAUAUUUGUGAAUGUCACAUGUUUAUAAAGUUGUCAGCAAUCUCUUGGCCAAGGAGUAGAAUUACCAACUAUCAUGCUUUCACACGUUUGCUGUAAAUUUCACUUCCUACCCAAAUGUGUGCGUCUCAUUUUGGAAUUUAGCUCUUCAGACCGGUGGGUGAAGAUGACGUUUUAAAAAAAACAUUUUUUUUUUUACGGCUACUGUGGGAUACACGUCCGGGAGAUUUCUGUUGGAGAAUUCAGUCUGAAUUUGACAAAUUGGGCUGAUUUCCUAACUUUUUUUUUUUGCGAAUACUGUGUAUAAAGCCCUUUUCAGACUUAAAAUUCCUGGCUUCACUACUUUUUUUUCUUUUUUUAAAGGAAUAAGAAAAGAAAAAGGAUGCCCCCCAAUUUGUAGGUCACUUUUGUGUGCUGCAUGGCGCUGCUAAGACUGAUUCCCCAUCUCUCCUACACAGGCUCCGAAACACAUCCCUUUUGACUUGGGAUUAAUGAAAAUGCACCAUAGAAGAAGAAUAUUUUCAAUGUAUGGCAGAUUACAAACGGAGUGUGUGUAGAAAACAUGCCUUUUAGCAUGUUAUUUAGUGAGCCAGGUUACUCUCAAAGCUGCAUGAAAGACGUGCACAAAUCAAACAAUACAACAGCAUGCAGUUCACGUGUGUGUGUUCAAAGUGAUACCUGAAUGUUACGCAGUCUGGCGCGGUACCUUUUACACACAAGUGACCUGCAUGUCGAUUUGGACAAGGAGCCGACAGAUGCAGUCAUCACUGAAAGGGGCUUUAGACAGCAAAGUUACGAAUUUCUGUAAUCAUUUCAUUUAUUUCAAUAUUUAUACAAAUGAUACAAAAAGCAAUUCAAAUCUGGAAUAACAGAUUUUUUUUUAUUAUUAUUAUUAUUAUUAUUAUUUUUUUUUUUUUAGGUCAAAAGCCAAACCUCUAGAACAAGACAGCAGGGUUUGAAAUGGUUUGUCCCCCCUCCUCCCCAUACUCGUUUUCCUCUUGAUUUUUUUUUUUCUCAGUUUUGAAGCAGAGUUGGUGAUUCUGGUCAUGUAUGUGCUGUGAAACGAGAGCUAAUAUCUGGAAACCACAACAAGGGAGACAGCUGGGUAUUACAAGUAUCCUUAAGGGACAAAUGGAUACUCAAAUCUAGGAAGCAAAUUAGGAAACCUAAAAAAAAAAAAAUGUGUUGACAGAGCUAAUAAGAUGGUGCUGUGUUGAAGGACACUUAACAUACUAAAGAUGUUUUCCUUCAAUUUAAGUUGUAUAUUAAUGUUACUAUUGAUAGUUUUAACAAAAUGCAAAACUAAACAUGAACUUUUUUUUGUAAAGAAAUAUAUUAAAAAAAAAAUAACUGAUAUUCCAAAGUAAUCCUCCCUUUGCUUUCUGUCAUUCAAAAACCAAAAAGCAAUCUUUAGGUUGACAGAGAGCAGGAGAGGUGUUCGCAAAUGCAAACUGUAAAGGACGUCCCAUGGCUUGACACUUGCACUAGUCCACAAUUUUUGCACAAGCUACAGGCAUUUCAAAUGAACACAGCCAUCACCACAACAUUUAAGAGUCACUCGGUGUGGUUUUUUUUUAAACAAGGAGGGUAACGCUGUCCUUUGACAACUAAUAAUUUCUUACUCCUGUUGGAAACUGUAUCUUGUGUGUAAAGCAAGGACUGGAGUGCUUGAUCCUCAAGACUGGGAUUACACACGCACACACAUAGACACGGUGUUGCACUGUCCAAACUAGAUACGUUUUUAUGGAGAUCUGCUUUUUAUUCUCUUAUGUUUCAUUGUCACUUUGAUUAUCACUAUUGUUAUAACUGUACUACUACUUAUACGAUUUAUUAUUACUACUCAUCACUGUUUUUGAUUAUUGAUUCAUAAUGGUUUUAAAUGCCACCACUCUGCUCAGAAAGAGUAUGGUAUUCCUAUGAAUAUUGAACAAUAAUAGUGGCAGUGUUGUUCUGAAUUGUUAGAUUUUUGAUUAAGCUUAUUUUUCCUCCUCACUUGUACCUGCCUUUUUUGUGUUUGGUCUCCAUUAUGCUUUCUUUGAUAUACAGAAAAUAAAAUCAUUGAAGAACAAA